UUUAUAGAUUAAGUCAGCAGUAAUCUUAUAGAGAGCUACCACAGAUUAACAUCAUGGUGUUGGUGUUGGUGAUUGGGGACAUGCACAUGCCAUACAGAAAGGCAGCUCUUCCUCAGAAAUUCAAGAAACUCCUGGUUCCAGGUAAAAUACAACACAUAUUGUGCACUGGAAAUCUCUGCUUACGGGAAACCCAUGAUUAUCUAAAGAACAUUGCCAGCGAUGUGCAUAUUGUCAGAGGAGACUUUGAUACGAACACGAGUUACCCAGAACAGAAGGUUGUGACAGUGGGUCAGUUUAAGAUUGGUCUAAUACAUGGCCAUCAAGUGGUCCCCUGGGGUGACCACGAUGCUAUAGCCACGAUAAGACGACAACUGGACGUGGACGUGAUGAUUAGUGGACACACUCACAAACUGGAGGCCUAUGAGAAAGAUGGCAAGUUUUACAUCAACCCUGGCUCGGUGACUGGGGCCUACAGCGCUCUAGAGAGGGAUCCUGUGCCAGCAUUCAUCUUGAUGGAUAUCCAGUCUAAUACUCUAGUGACUUACGUGUACAGCUUGGCAAAUGAUGAGAUGGAGGUUAAAAAGAUAGAGUUCAAGAAAUCAGUUCCUGAUAGGGAGGAAUAGAGUUUGUAGGAGGACUUCUAAUGUGAACUGUGAAGGCCAUUAUUGGACUAUACAAUUUGCAUAUAUUCUUGACACGUCAAAUUGGCCCGAGCAUUUUAAGUUUGUUUGUAGCUAAAGUUCUUAAUUAUGAUUGCUGUGUUGGUAUUUUAAACGUUUAAAUAUCCAAUAUAUGAUGGAUCAAUUAAAAUGUUUGGGAAUAGGAAGUUAAAAUUGGGCAUUAUACAAGAAGCCUUAUCCAAGAAGCCUGACACACCACCGAACAUAAAGUACGGUUGAAUUAAGGUACGAGGAUCUGAGGCGGGUUUAGGGUUUGGGUUAGGGCGGCAGUCCACCGUUAUAUGUUAGAGCUGAUCGGGCUUCUUGGAUAGUUCCGAAAAUUGUUGGCGUUAUGAAAAAAAUACCAUGCCAUGGUUUCUGACGGCUGGAUGUCAGUUAUGUUUUUCUUUCUUUUUUCUGUUUUCAGCUUUCUUCAAUGCAGAUAUAUGUGUAAAUGUAAUACCCUUUGAUUUUGUUUUAAUAAAUCUCAA